AUCGCGAGCAAAGGGAGCAGUCAGUUUGGUCGCAACGGCAAGUUUGUGAGGAGGAGCACAUCUGUAAGCACACAUCUGCAGGGUUGACUGCCGCCCCUGCCCCCACGAGGCGCUUCCCAUUUCGAAGGCGGUCCUUGGGGUCGGGCCGGCUCUGGUCUCCGGGGAGAGCCCCGCCGCUGCGGCGGGCGGAGUUAGAGGAGCUGCCCGCGGCGCCCAAGCUGGGAGGACCGCGCAGGACGCGGUUUUGGAACCCGGGCCCCGGCUGCGCCCGCAGGCGGAGAAAGGGCGGGCUUGCCGGGGCGUGGCGGCUGGCGAAGGGCCGCCCGUCUGAGUCACAGACCCCGGCCCUGCGGCGGCGCUCCCCGCCCCCGGCGGGAGGAGCCGGGAGACCGCCGGGCAGAGCGGCACGAACGGGACCGCAGAGCGAAACCAGAGCGGGGCGCGCGCAUCUCGGGGGCCAUGGGAGAGGGCGUGCCGGCGGCCGAAGCCGCGGAGCGCGGCCCGGUGCACGCGGUGACCGUGGUGACGCUGCUGGAGAAGCUGAGCACCAUGCUGGAGGCGCUGCGGGAGCGCCAAGGAGGCCUGGCCCGGCGGCAGGGCGGCCUCGCGGGCACCGUGCGCCGCAUCCAGAGCGGCCUGGACAAGCUCAGCUGCACCCACGGGGCCACCCGCGACGCGCUGGCCCAGCUGCUGGACGCGGCCGAGGGCGUCAGCGCGGACGCCCACGCCGCCCGCGAGCGCGCCGUCUGCCGCGCGCUCCAGGUGCAGCGCCUCGAGGCCAACCACGAGCUGCUGGUCGCCCGCGGCAAGAUGCACGUCCAGCUUUUUCAGGAGGAGGCAGAAAUCCCAGCCAGAGCUUUUCAGAAGGAGCCAGAAUCCAUAGGGCUAGAAGAAAAGGAACUAGCACCAGAGGCCCUAGAAGAACUGGAAGAAGGGGAAAGCUCAGAUGAGGAGCCAGUGGAAUCCCGAGCCAAACGCCUUCGGCGUACUGGCCUGCAGAAGGUUCAGAGCCUUCGUAGGGCACUGUCCACCCGAAAGAGCAAGGGCUCUGCCCCACCUCCACCCACUCCCACCAAACCUCCCCGACUGGGCCCUAGCCAGAGUGUUGAAAAUCAGCCUGAGACAGGGGUAGUGGUUGAAGCAGAAUCAUUGGAGUUAGAGCCACCCAGGAGCCCUGUGGAAGAUUCAGAGGCCCCUGAGGCUAGGGAAACUCCAAUGCUUCAGGUAGAAGGUGCUGCCUAGUGCUCCAUCCUGCCUCCCUACUUUUCUUUGCCUUUACCUUGAAUGGCACCAUCAGGUGCCAAGCAGCAGAUCACAGUGACCCUAUAAAGCACUCAAAGAAAGAAAGAACCCUCCCUUUAUAGCUCACCUCCUUUCCUAGCUCCUAAAUUCAGGGCUUCACUCCAAAGCACCAGUUUAGCCCCAAUUCACCCUAUUUUAAAGCUCAAAGACCCAACACCAUCCCCCUCCCAAGUGUGCUCAAGAUUAAUAAAUUAAUUUCACUAAU